AUGUCAAUUUGCUCAUCAUUCUCUAUAGCAGUGUCCGAUAGAACCGUUUUCCUUCGUCCAUUCCGGCCUACUUAUGAACCCCCAAGGCACCCUGGAAGCUCUCUGCUCUCUCUGUCGACAAUUUUGCGGCGGUCGAGCCCUCCUUUGCGUUCGGCUUUGCUGCGUAACUUCGUUUACUCCGUGGCUCGUCUCAGGACGCGUCAUGUGGGUCUGGGUAGCAGCGUGAAGAAGGCCGAUAGGCUGGCAAAGAAGAAGGAUAAGAAGAAACAAAAGCGUGGGGGGUCCGACAAGAACGAUCAGAAGGGCGCUACUGAGAGGCGUAUUGCAGCGUUGGCAUCCAAGUUCGCCGGUGUUAUUGGGGCUGCUGAAGGCGCUACUGAAUCGGAAAAGAAGUUGGCAAAGUUUCUAUUGGUGCCAUUCAGGAGGCUGGUGCAGGAGACAGAGGAGCUCCUAUCGGACAUUGCAAUGAACGGCGAUGCGGAGGUGAUGAUCGUUGCUCUAGACCGGCUCGCUCCCCCGCUUGUACGAGGCUUGUCUUACCUAGAGGCUCCUCAGAGUGAAGGGGCAGCCGAGGUCCUGGAGCCGGCUCGGGAUCUUCUGCUAGAGAGGGCCAGGGAGUUGGAUACUGUUCUGCUCGAGGCACAGGCUGACCCAGAGGGAGUAUUGCGUACAUAUACCAGGGACUUCACUGAGCAUGAAAUUGAGAGAGAAAAGCAGUUGGCCGCUCUAGAAUCAGGCCCUAAUCAGGAACCGGACAUUCCUCCUAUUCAUGGGGGGAUCGAGGCGGGAACAUAUGAAAACAAACUUCGAAAGCAAGCCCAGUUUGCUCUAUUCUUGUCCUUGUUUCUGACGUUUACUACAGUCAUGACAGCCAUAGCUCUCAUUCCUCCUGUGGUGUCGCAUGAACAAGAAAAGAGCGGCAACCGAGGGGGUACGCACCGCCGCCGCCGGGGCAAAGAUAAGGGCGACUCAUCGGGGGGCCAAGGAGGCAGCGGUGCAGAUUCAGCUGGGGGGGGUGGGAGUGGGAGACCACCUCUUGAAGAAACCCUCGUGAGGCAUCGCGACUGGAUUCGGGAACAGCGGCACGCAUUUUCCCAAACCGCUCCUGAGCACACUGGUCUAUUCGAACAUCCAGUUUCUCCUGGGCCCUAUACGGGGGGUCAUUUCGUACGCGAGCCUGGUUCUCCUCUUACACCCACUGCGUUUCCACCGCACUACGCGGAGCCAUAUAAUGUUCAUUUUCCGCCUCCUGGUCCUUCUGCUCCCCCCAUGGGGCCUCCAUUCCAAAGAAUUGUUGUUCAUCCUCCACCGCCACCAUAUGAGGAGGCUAUGAGGCCUGAGCAAACUCCACAGUGA